AUGAUGGACAUGAGGUGUUCUUGGAAGUUUCUGACAAGUGUUUGCAUAAUAUCAAUUCUCCUUGGCUAUUGUUCUGCUUACGAGAGCGUUUGUCUUGUUAAUGCUCAAGAAGACCCCGAAAAACAUUAUGUGACACUGGAAGUAGAUGCUUCUAACGCCACAGGACACUCAAUUCCUGAAACCCUUUUUGGGAUCUUCUUUGAGGAGAUCAAUCAUGCUGGAGCAGGUGGACUAUGGGCUGAACUUGUUAGCAACAGAGGAUUUGAAGCUGGUGGACAAAACAUUCCUUCUAAUAUCUCCCCUUGGUCCAUUAUUGGAGAUGAAUCAUCCAUAUUUGUAGUUACAGACCGCUCUUCAUGUUUUGAGCGCAACAAAAUUGCACUUAAACUCGAAGUGCUUUGUAACAGCAAUGGCUGUCCAUCAGAAGGAGUCGGGGUUUAUAACCCGGGUUACUGGGGCAUGAACAUUGAAGAAGGAAAGAAAUACAAGGUAACCCUUUAUGUGCGUUCCACUAGUGACAUCGAUGUGUCUGUGUCUUUGACAAGCUCAAAUGGAUCACUAACUCUUGCUUCAGAAAAGAUUAUAGCUUUGGCUUCUGAGGUUUCAAACUGGACAAAGAAGGAAAUGAUUUUGGAGGCAAAUGGAACAGAUGAUGGUGCAAGACUUCAGCUGACAACCACCAAAAAUGGUUCAAUCUGGUUUGAUCAAGUCUCAGCCAUGCCUAUGGAUACUUAUAAGGGACAUGGUUUUAGAAAUGAUCUUUUCCAAAUGAUGGUUGAUCUAAAACCUCGUUUCAUCCGUUUCCCUGGUGGUUGUUUUGUGGAGGGUGAUUGGUUAAGCAACGCAGUCCGCUGGAAAGAAACCGUGGGAGCUUGGGAAGAGAGACCUGGCCACUUUGGUGAUGUUUGGAAGUACUGGACUGAUGAUGGUCUUGGCCACUUUGAGUUCUUUCAACUAGCUGAAGAUCUCGGUGCUGAACCAAUAUGGGUGUUUAACAAUGGUAUAUUCUUAAGUGACACUUUGUUUUCUUUCACUACAACAUGUAUUAAACUCUUUGAAACUUUUGCAGGAAUAAGUCACAAUGAUCACGUUGAAACAGCAAGUAUCAUGCCAUUUGUUCAAGAAGCGUUAGAUGGUAUUGAGUUUGCUCGUGGUGAUGCUAAUUCUACAUGGGGAUCAGUUAGAGCUGCAAUGGGACAUCCAGAGCCUUUUAACCUUAAAUAUGUUGCGGUCGGGAAUGAAGAUUGUUGGGAGAAAUACACAUACUACAAAGGAAACUACCUUGUGUUCUAUAAUGCUAUCAAGAAAGUUUAUCCAGACAUUAAAAUCAUCUCCAACUGCGAUGGAUCGUCUCAACCACUUGAUCACCCUGCUGAUUACUAUGAUUAUCACGUAAAAAAACAUACAAAAAAAACGUUUAUGCUUGUAAUCAAACUGUGUUUAUGCGUUUUCCUUUUGUUCCAGGUUUAUACUCUUGCCGAGGAAUUGUUUUCCAUGUCCCAUAUGUUUGAUAAUACAUCACGUGAUGGUCCAAAGUUUUUCACAGAGUCAAGUGGAUCAACUCUUCUCAGCUCUACUCUCAAGGGAAACUCUUCUUAUUAUGUUGAAGCAUCUGCCAUAUCUUUCACAACCAAUGGCUUAGAGUACAUACAGAUUAAGGCUGUUAACUUUGAAAACAUAACAGUGAAUCUGGAGGUAAAGAUGACAGGAUUGAACUCGAGCGAAACAAAAGUAUCUGUAACAAAGAAGAAAGUACUUACAUCUCCCAAUGUGAUGGAUGAGAACUCCUUCUCUAACCCAGAGAUGAUUGUGCCACAAGAAAGCUUGCUGGUGAUGCCCGAGGAGGGGGACCUGACCUUCGUUCUCCCGCCCUACUCGUUCUCAUCAUUCGACUUGUUGAUAGAAUCUGCUGCAUAUAUCAAGAUGCCAAUAUCUGAUUCCUACACAAUGGUGUAAACGUG